AUGCCAAGACCGGGCCCAAGACCGUACGAGUGUGUUAGAAGAGCUUGGCACAGCGAUAGGCACCAACCCAUUAGGGGAUCUGUUAUUCAAGAAAUUUUCAGGGUUAUGAAUGAGGUUCAUUGUUCAGCUACAAGGAAGAACAGAGAGUGGCAGGAGAAGCUCCCCAUUGUUGUCUUCAAAGCUGAAGAAAUUAUGUACUCUAAAGCCAACUCUGAGGCUGAGUAUUCAGACUUUAAAACCCUUUGGGAGAGAGUAAACGACGCCGUUAACACCAUAAUUCGAAGAGACGAGAGUGCUGAAACUGGCGAAGCAUUUCUGCAGCCUUGUAUUGAAGCGGCACUGCAUUUGGGAUGCACCCCUAGUAGAGCAUCAAGAAGCCAGAGAAAUGACUCUCCAAGACAUUACCUUAGGCCUGAAACUUCAGGAAAGACCUCUGUCCUCAUUCCAAAUGACAGCUUGAGCACUAAACCUCAUGGGAAUCGUGAAACAAUAAGACCCCUCUUGAUCGAUCACAACCCACAAUUAUCCACGCGUCCCUUGAGUUCCUGCUUCAAAGGUGAUCAGAACCAUAUUCAUAACAUAAAAUCUAAUUCUGGUAAGAAAAAUCCCAUCGUUGGUCCGAGUGAUUGCCAAUACCGAGCAAAUUCCCCAGCAUCGUGGUCUGUCUACCCAUUGUUCUACUAUAAUAAUAGUAAUAAUAGUUGUCCAAUUCAGCCUGAGGAGCUGAAGCUUUGCUCCUCGAGACCGUUCAAUUCAAGUUCUCAUCUUGAUGCACCGGAUUUUAUUAUUGGGUCCAAUCACGAAAGCAAUUUGAGCGCUGUACGAGGGAUGGAAUGCGAUUUGACUCUGCGCUUGGGCUCUCCAGUGGCCUCAUGUGAUGGUAUUAGGCAUAAUUGGUCCUCUCAAGAUAGAAGCAAGCAGACUAGACGUGAAGAAAUCCAAGUACCACCUUGGCAAAUGAGCAGACACUUUCUCCCUCACUCGGGCUGA